GAACAAUCUACGCUUCUUCUCUUUAUAAUGCACAAACUACAAACCCUAACUGAUCAAACCAAUUAAGCAACAAUCAUGGCUGAAAAACAUGAUCAGAAUUCCCCAACAGUUCAUGUAACCAAGACAGUUUCUGUGUUUCCAAAACCUCUGCACCCAGACAAAAUUCUUAAGCUGUCCAAUUUGGACAGGCAGUGUCCAAUGCUCAUGUACUUGGUUUUCUUUUACAAAGCUUCUAGUUUUUACAAUAACUUGUCUGUUGGGUCUGUUUUUAGUGGCUUGAAAUCUGGUCUGGAAGAAACCUUGUCGGAUUGGUAUCCGGCCGCGGGGAGGCUGAGGUUAAAUCCAGAUGAUGGGAAACUGGAUCUCUGGUGCAACAACAAAGGUGCAGUUGUGGUGGAGGCUACUACAAAUGUUAAGCUUUCUGAGCUUGGAGAUCUUUCCCAAUAUAAUGAAUUCUUUGAAAAGCUAGUUUUCAAGCCUGUUUUUAAUGGGGAUUUCUCUGAAAUUCCUCUGGUUGUUGCUCAGGUGACAAGAUUUGGUUGUGGAGGCUAUUCAAUUGGAAUCGGAGAGAGCCACUCCUUGUUUGAUGGACCAGCAACCUAUGAUUUUCUUCGUGCAUGGGCUUCAAAUUCUGCUAUUCUCAAAGAAAAGAGAAGCCCUAAUCAACAAAGACCUGUGCACGAGAGAGGGAGAUUGUUGGUGACUAAUUUCCAUUCCCAAAAGGGAAUUCCAAGCUUGCCUAGCAGUGCCAACUUGAGGGUGGGGACGGCUGCCGCCGUUGAUCAUCUGUAUCAGUUGAUAAAUCAGGCUGUUAGCGCUGCUGCAAAGCUUGGAGCACCAAGGAACAUUCAUGAGGUCGGAAACUCAAAUUUGGUCCUCAAGACCUUUAACCUCAGUGGUGCAAUGAUAGAGAAGUUGAAGAGCAAAGCUUUUGGGGAGAGGAGAGGUAGCUUUUCUUGUUCUUACUUUGAGUUGGUUGCAACUCACCUAUGGAAGGCAAGAACCAAGGCACUAGGGCUGCAGAAUGGAACAGUGGUAUGCUUGCAGUUUGCAGUGGACAUAAGGAACAAGGUGGUGCCGCCACUGCCACAAGCCUUCAGCGGCAAUGCUUAUGUGCUCGCCUCUGUUGCAUUAACAGCCAAAGAACUGGAAGAAGGAAGCCAUGCUACCAUCAUUGAAAAGAUUAAGGAAGCCAAGAACUCCAUCGACAACAACUAUGUCAAUGCAUACAUCCAAGCACUGGAUGGAUCACAGGGCAGUCUCCCUCCAUUGAAGGAACUAACCAUGGUUUCGGACUGGACAAGAAUGCCAUUCCACAAGCUUGAUUUUCUUCGUGGAGAAGCAGCCUAUGCAUCUCCCCUGGUUACUCCAGUGCCUCUGGCUGCAUAUUUUAUGCAGAAUCCAAUCGAUCCAAGAGGCAUUGAUGUCAGAAUUGGGUUGUUUCCAGGAAUCUUGAAUGCCUUUUCUCACUUUUUCCUCACAAAUAUGCAAUAAAUUUCCUUACCCAGGAAAAAGGAAAAUAAGAAAUGGAUGAAUGUCAAACAUAUAUAAUCUAUGUCUUUGGGGUUAGGAUGUGUGAAGUAUAAGAUAUGUGAAAGAUAAAAAAGAAGAAAUAAAUGAAUGUAUAACAU